CGGGGAGGGGGAGGGGGAUAUUUUUGGUAGCAUUCGUAUUCAACGUCUGAAAAUAUCCCCAUCCUCUAAAUGAGGCUGCACAACUAGUCUGUCUGUGAAAUGGAAACGAGCCUAAUGCAACAUCUGGCUCAAUACCAGACCCCGUUUAUAUCCAAGGCAGAUAACGAAAAGGAGACAAAGCAGCACACACACCUGGUUCAUCUCUAACAUAACCGCUCAGCUCAGCGCUACAAUGGACGGAGACAACUCGACCACCGACGCGUCCCAGCUGGGCAUCACUGGAGAGUACAUGGCCUCCGGUCACUAUGUUCUCCAGUCUCAAGAUGAUGAUGGGGAGGAGAAUCUGAACGACCAUGACGACAGUGGCAUCAAAGAGAACUUCAGGGAGCAGGACAUCUAUCUUCCUAUCGCCAAUGUGGCUCGCAUCAUGAAGAACGCUGUUCCUCAGACCGGAAAGAUUGCGAAAGACGCCAAAGAGUGUGUGCAGGAGUGUGUGAGCGAGUUCAUCAGCUUCAUCACGUCAGAGGCGAGCGAGCGCUGCCACCAGGAGAAGAGGAAGACCAUCAACGGAGAAGACAUCCUGUUCGCCAUGUCCACGCUGGGUUUCGACAUGUACGUGGAGCCGCUGAAGCUCUAUCUGCAAAAGUUCAGAGAGGCCAUGAAGGGCGAGAAGGGGAUUCCUGGAGUGUCUGUGGGAGAAGGCCUGGGAGAUGAUCUCACAGACGAAAGCUUCACAAAUCCACUGCCAGCGGGGAUCAUCACAGCUGAUGGUCAGCAGCAGAACGUCAUGGUGUACACCACCUCAUAUCAACAGAUUCCCACUGUACAACAGAUCCAGUUUUCAUGACGAGGCCUUACCCCGAGCCCGUACACAGCGGCUCCUCACCGGGCCCGCACUCGGCGGAUGACCUCUGAUCCCGCCACAGGGUAAAGGUUACCGGACGGACAGGGAGGAGGAAACCCUCAUGUACAGAGAAAUCACUACCUGUUCAGUAGAAAGUGUAGUUCCUAGUUGUGAGGUACCAAAUGUUUUGGAUUGCAUCCAAACCAGCUGGGAAAUUGAGGCUUUAUUUUAAAGGCUAGUCUUAUUACAUGAUUUAGUGGUCAAAUUAUUUUUGUGCGUGUGUGCUGUUUGCUUUUUAUGCGUUUUAUUUCUUUUGGGGCGGGGUGGGGGUGGGGAUGGGAAGUGUUGUAUUAGAUGUUUAUUUACGAACCCCUUCUCUGUUUGAACGGAGAGAAGGCACGCUGUCACUGUCGCAUCAGAUCAUGCAGCUCUUUUGUAAGUUAACACAAAUUACCAUGUGCUUUAAUGUUAUGUAAAUCCUUUGAAUAAAAAUUCAAAAGUGA